CCGCCGCCGACGCCGCCCUGGGGGCUCAGUUGGUGUGGAACAUGUGCGCGCGACCGACGUCUCUGCCGCUGCUGCUGGCGUCCCUGGCGCUGCUCACCGGGCCGGCGGCGGCCGCGGCGCAGCACAGCGUCUGGCUGGCGGCCGGCCGCCUCUGGCUCAGCUGGGAGCUCCACCUGUCCGCCGACGCGCCAGCCUCCGCCGCCGUAGAGCUCGAAGUCACUUUCCCUGCGCACUUUCAGGCCGCCGGGGUGGGCUUCUCACCCAAGGGCGGCAUGGCAGGAGCCGACAUGGCCCUCGUCUGGUUCGACAGCCGCGGGAUGCCCUACGUUGCGGAUCUACAUGGGACAUCUCGUAACACUGCACCAGAUCUGGACUCUUCACAGGACUACUAUUUGGUGGGUGGCAGCAGAAAUGACACACACUCCACAGUCCGCUAUCGCCGCAGGCUUGACACUUGUGAUAAGGAUGAUAUGAUCCUGGGGAGUGACACAGUAAGAGUAAUAUGGUCACUGCAUGAAGAGGCUCCCCAAAUGGUGGAAGGAAAGUUAAUCAGAUUGCAAGGUCACAAAGCCAACAGAGGUACUCGUAGCUUGCAUCUCAUUGUACCACCAGAGCUGCCACGACCUAAUGCACAACAGUGGGAUGUCACUCUCAGAGAUUUCAUUAUACCAGACAACAUGGAUACCAUAUACCAGUGCAAGAUAUUUAAAGCUCCACCAGUCAGAACUAAGCAUCAUAUUAUUGGAUAUGAACCUAUUCUGACUCCUGGUACUGAGCAUUUGGUGCAUCAUAUGCUUUUAUAUGAGUGUGGAGUUAAGGCUGGAAAUUUGGAUGCAUAUGUCCACCAGAAGGGUGCUCCAUGUUAUGGACCUGAAAUGCCUCGUCCGUGGGAACACUGCCUUACACCAAUUGUAACAUGGGCAAUAGGAUCAACAGGAGAGCUACUACCACAACAUGUUGGUUUGCCACUUUCUGAUUCUUCUUAUUUUAUGCUUGAGGUCCACUAUGACAACCCGUCAUUCCAUACAGGUCGUGACAGUUCUGGAGUUCGUGUUUUCCACACUGACCAGUUACGCCAUUAUGAUGGUGGAAUUCUUGUAAGUGGUAUUACAAUAACACCACUUCAUGUUAUACCACCUGGACAGCCAGCGUAUAGAACAGCUGGUUACUGCAGUGGAGCAUGCACCAACAAGCUGCUGCCGCAAUCAGGUGUGAAACUAGUUUCGGUACUCCUGCACUCUCAUUUGGCUGGGAAGGCCUUACGUCUCAGACAUGUGCGUGACAAGAAGGAGCUAAAACCAAUUGUUAGAGAUGAUAGUUAUGACUUCAACUACCAGCAGGCUCGCAGACUUCAGGAGGAAGUUGAAUUCCUUCCUGGAGAUGAGCUUGUCACUGAAUGUGUGUACCAGACGUCCAAAAGGAAGCAACCAACUUAUGGUGGAUUCUCAACAAAACAAGAAAUGUGUCUAGCAUUUGUUCUCUAUUAUCCAAAAACAAAUUUGGCUGCCUGUUACAGUAUGACACCAGUAAAAUAUUUUUUUGAGACCUUCAAUGUGAAGGAAUUCUAUGAUGUGGAUAUGGAUACUGUGGAAAGGAUGUUUCUUAAAAUUGACCAACCUGAAAAUAGUGUGUCACAACUCCGAAUGAGGGCUUCAACUACAACAACUACCACUACUACAGCACCAACAUUCCCCGUCUUGGAAUCUGAUGUUGAGCUGGAUGAUGAAGCUAAUGCUCAAGCAAUAUCUGUACUGAAACGUAUGCGUGGCUUUACAGAAGAAGGUGUUACAGAGGGUGCAGAUGAAGGUACAGGUGGACUUUUUGGAGAGCUCGUUAUCCGUGAACCUGAAGAGUUUCGCAAUCGGUCACUUGUUGCACAUCUUCAAGAUUUGCCAUGGUCUGAUCCACUUUUAGCCAGUCCUGUUGAGCAGCGGCUGUAUGCUGGUAAACACAUGGUCUUUUGUCGCACCAGAGAAGAUGAUCUUGCUAUUCCAGCUGAUGUGUUCUCGUUUCCUAACCUGACGGAUCUUCCAUCUGCAUCUGCGAGGUCGCUAACACUAUGUCAUGGGAGUACCAGACAUCCCUUGCAGUCAGAGCAACCUAGAGGAAUUGCUGCACAACAUAUCCCAUUGUCUAUAAUGAUGCUGUUGCUUUUUAUUUGUGCUCUACACACAACAUGAGGUCGCCAUUAAAAAAAAAAAAAUCUUAAAGCUAUGCACCAAAGCUAAUUGAUGACAAAUAUUGUAUAGUCACACUUUAUUUCUCUUCAUGCAAAAUGUAUUCCUAUGGGAUGCUGUGUUCCUGUGUUGUUUGAUAUGCAAUUAUUUGCAGAAACAGUUUUGUACUUUUGAGUUGUUUUUAAAGUGAAACAUAAGUAUGUUCCUUGAUGUCUGUGGUUUCAUGAAGAAGACUGGAUGUAACCAAAAGUGAAGAACUCUGACCAAAUUGCUGUUUGCGUACAGAUCAAAUAAAGAAUCAUGUAAUUAAAGUAGCAGUGUCGCUACCACAAGCUUGGCAUUCGAAUUACUUUUUUAUGUAUUUUUACAAAAUCAGUGGAUUUAUAUAUGUAAAUUUGUUUGUGAAACACUGAAGACACUCAAGAUGAGAUUAUCUUUGUGUGAUUCAGCAUUGCUAGAGAGAAAUAAUGUCAGAAGAACCAGUUACACUAAAAUAAUGUUAAAGAAUGUGAUUGAGAUGGAAUGAAAAGCCGUCUGCCUUAUGGGUGUGAAACAUGAGUUCCUAAAAGUGCACCAAAGCUAAGUUGCAUUAAAGGAAUUAAAAAGUUGAUUCUAAGCCCAUGGAACAUUAGCAUUUGGUUGUCAUUACAUGUCACAGAAAGGAAUCAGUCAAAUUUAAUUAUGUUCUGAAAAUAUGAAAGUCAAGGCAAAAAAAAAACAAUAUCUGUAAAACUGUAUUAUCAGUUGUUUCAUAGCUUAGAAUGUAUAGCUUGUCUAUUUUCAGUUGAUUUCAUUCUGGUGCAAAAUUGGAAUAUCAUAGUCAGAAAGUAAGGUAAAGAGUACAUAUAGUUUAAAUGUAGUAGACCACCAAAACCAAGGAAAAAAGUUUGAAUUUCUUCUUAAGAAUUUGAGGGUGAAGAGCUUCCAUUUUUACUGAGGAGGGUGCAAAUAUUAGGAUGGCUCCUAUGUAGAGGACACAGGUGAUUUCAUCUCCAUCCUUGUUGAACAUUGUGACAUCAUCACUGGCAGGACACUGAACUCUUCUGUCUUUUUAGAAAAGAGACUAAAAAAAAGAAAAAAAACCAGGAUGUGUAAAAAAUUAUAAAUGGAUUUAAAGCCAUGAAGCUCCUCAAGUUUUUUGCUUGGGGUCUUGUGAAACAUAUGGUUUCCUGUGUGCUUUUCUUUAUCUUUUCCUCCCUUUUAUGGGUCAUGGUUAUUUUGCAUUCCUGUUGUGCAAGCCCCUACCAUAUAGCUCUUAGAAGUUAAGGGCAGUAUUGACUUUUUUCUGAUAAUUUGUUAUUUGUACCACCUUCUAAAGCUUUUUGUUUUAUCCUUAGUUUAUCUUUAACUCCUGAGAAAUGAACUGUUGGUUCCCAAAUUUUGAGAUUCAUUAUACUGAGUUUUUAUCUGUUACUGCAAAGAAUUAUGUUGGAGAGAAUGUUAAGUUUGUACUGCCCUUGUCCUCAUAUAUUUAUAUUAUACUGACUUGGGUACAUAUAAUCCAUACCUCCUCUUUUUCUUCAUAAUUUAGAAAAUAUGAAGUUCUGUUGUCUGCAUUACAACAAACAAUUUCUGCCAGGACAACUGUUACAACUAGUUUGAUGGAUGGAUGUAUGGAUGGAUGGGUGGCUAGUUUGAAGCAAUGUUAAAAUGAUUUUCCAGUUGGUGACAAAGUCAUGCCUUUCUUUUGUUCUUUUGGUUAACAGUUUCUUAGUUAUAUAAACAUUGGAUUUACCUAACACCACAUUUUUUGAGGUGACAGAACUUUAUGACCAUCUCCUCUUACCAUGCUAAUUAAACCAUUCUGCCAGUGCUGAGCUCAUGUUUUAUAAUUACAUUUUAUUUUCAAAAAAGUUUUUAUUGUAGAGUGAUGUUCUUACUUUUCAGAAUGUCCAUAUUUAUUUUCUAUUACACAAAUGAAAAUCAUUUUUCCCCGUACAAUUUUGAAGUAUGAUUGUUUAAAAUACUGCCAACUAAUUAUAUACUACCAGAAAAAUAUAAUUUUGUAUUCAUGAAAUUCUUGUGCUGUUAUGCUAAGCAGUGUUAACUACAAAACAUGUUCUCACCUGUGGUGAUACUACAGAAGAAAAAGAAAAGUAGUUUUCUGUUGUACAGAAGCAAAGUAGUACACUGUACUGUAUAUUAUUAGGACUGUCUAUUAAUUUUUCAAAUAUGACUGUAAUGGAACGUAUUUUUGAUUUCAAUGCAAGGCUGUCCUCUAGCCAGUUUGUCAUUGAGGAAUAACUGUGAUAAAACCUAUUUGAAAUGAAUACCUCUGUAGUUAUACUUUGUAAAUAGCAAAAAAAAUAUUUAUAUUAUAUACAUUUCCACAGCUUUGAGAAAAUAAAGUUUUAAAAAAAUUAUUAUUUGUGUGUAAAUGUUUUGUAAUAUUACUUUAUAUGUAAUAAAUAUUUUUAACUAUUCGAGA